AUGAAAUUUCGAUUUAAGGAAGAAACUCCAAUUGAACAACGCAAACAGGAAGCAGAAAAAAUUCGGGUUAAAUAUCCUGAACGUAUUCCGGUUGUUGUUGAACGUGUGCCAAAGUCACAAAUACCUGACAUUGACAAACGUAAAUUCUUAGUGCCAAAUGAUAUAACAAUUGCACAAUUUAUGUGGAUUAUUCGUAAACGAAUUCAAUUGGCACCAGAAAAAGCAAUUUUUCUUUUUGUCAAUCAAAAGAUUCCUCCAUCAAGCUAUACAAUGAGUCAAAUUUAUGCUGAAAGUAAAGAUGAGGAUAGCUUUUUAUAUAUUGCAUAUGGAGGUGAAAAUACAUUUGGUUAG